AAUUCUAGUGACAAGAAAAAUGUUACGUUUUAUUUCUCAGAUUUAAUCCUGUAGUCGGUGGCGGUUCAAAUGCUAGUGUUAUUCACUAUUCACGAAAUGAUCAGCGAAUAAGAGAUGGUGAUCUUGUCUUGAUGGACAUGGGUUGCGAGUUACAUGGUUAUGUUAGUGAUCUUACUCGGACAUGGCCUCCUUGCGGAAAAUUCAGUUCUCUUCAGGAAGGGCUAUAUGAUCUUAUACUUCAGACAAACAAAGAAUGCAUAAAACAAUGCAAGCCUGGUACAACCAUCCGCAAACUAAACACAUAUUCGACCGAGUUGUUGUGCGAUGGACUGAUUAAGAUGGGCAUCCUGAAAAGUCGUAGACUGUAUCACCAGCUGAAUCCGACCUCCAUAGGUCACUACCUUGGGAUGGAUGUGCAUGAUUCUUCUGCUGUGGGAUAUGACCGUCCUUUGCAACCUGGUUUUGUGAUUACGAUUGAGCCAGGAGUCUACAUUCCAUCUUCAUUCGACUGCCCUGAAAGAUUCCAAGGAAUUGGGAUAAGGAUCGAGGAUGACGUUCUGAUCACCGAGACAGGCUACGAGGUGCUCACAGGGUCAAUGCCUAAGGAGAUCAAACACAUAGAGACACUGUUAAAUAAUCACUGCCAUGGAGACGCUGCGCAAAGCUUCGCCAAUUUCUCUUCUCAAGGUUAAAGUAUGCAAACGAUGCGUGACACAACGAUUGUUUUGAACCAAACAUCAUUGAUAAGAAUUCUAACAAGAUUUCAAACGUGAAUUCAUGUUCCUUGCGUUUGGCUUACAGAAUGUUUGAAAGUGUAUUAAAGAAAUCAUGAACUAAGUAGCAUUCUGAAACUGUGGAAUUGUAAGUGGCAAAACCAAAAGACAUUGAGUUACGAGAAAGUAAGGUCACAAUCACUAAGUUAGACGUUGGAACCCGUA